GUCACUGCUACAUUGUGCUCCUUAGCUCACACUCCAGACAUCCUCUAUCGCAUCUUUUCCUACUUCGACGCUGAUGACCUGGAGCGUCAGUACCUCCCGGGCGAUGUUUACGAGUCUCGUCGAUCCCUCGUCUUUGCCGCAAGGACUUGCCGGGCAUUCGCUGACCCAGCUCUGCGAGUGCUGUGGAGUAGCCUGCCUGACGACCAGCCUCUCGCAGACCUCCUUUGCAUCCUUGGGAUUGCCGCUCGAGAGCGCAGCCUAGAUAAUCAGGGUCUCAGUGAUGGGAAUCCUAGACGUUACCCCUUGCCGAAUCAAUAUGGCGGAUUUGGCUUGUAUAUUCCUGACCAUACCUACGAGCCACAGUGGAGACAGUCGAGGGGGUACGAUGUCAGAUACUUCUUCCUGCACGGUGGGGAUCCUCGUCGACUUCCUCAAUGGACUCGGUUCCAACAAUACGCAUCAUAUGUUCGUGCGAUCACUCUCUUCGCUUUUGAUGGUCCGAGGUGGUCCAAGCUGUGGGAAAAGCUGCGAUCGUCUAUCGACGGCGCUCCAAUCUUACCCGGACUAUCCUCAGUGGCCUUCUGCUGUUUCUCGUCCCGCGAGAUUACUCAAGGCAUCUUUGCCCUCAUUUCUCCUUCAGUACGCAAGCUCGACUUCGCAAUCCCUAGCUACUCUUGGCCCGAGUCCGAUGAGAAGGCGCGUCGCGUGUUCUCGAAAGCAUUCCGCGCCGGACCCGACCGAGCUCGUCACCGGUGCGAUCCAGUGUUUUUCGGCAAUUUCCACUUGGCACGCGUCUAUUACGAGUCUUUCUGUAAACUCGACGCACACUCCCGUAGUGGUGGCCCUGUUCAACGGGCGUCUUAUCGACACCAUCCGUCCCUUGCUGGCCCUCCGCGCGCUUCGCUACAUUGCAAUCCGACUCCCGAGCUACUUCGGUGUGGUAGCAACAGCAUCUGACGGAGCGUUGAUGGCGGACGCGUGGUGCAACCUCGAGGAGCUUCAUAUGGACGUGUGGAGGUACAGCUACGGCCUCAGGAUGUACGAUCCCCGCCCCUGUGGAAUCCCGCAGGAAGGAAUUGCGCACUUCGCUCGCAAGUGCCCGCGGCUUCGUGUGCUCCGUCUCCCCGGAAUGGAGAUGGAAAUGGCAAAGGGGUCCCGUGCGGCAGGGAGGUCUGCGAGCCAGCCUCGCGGCGGCGUGCGGAGACCUAUCAUGCCGAAAUUAUGGUCCAGACUGCCAUGGAGGACGUGGCAAAGCAAAUUUCGAAGCUUGUGGAAGGGUCGUUCCCGAACGCGGCAUGUGUCUUAGUGUAAUGGGAGCAGACUGUUGUCGUGGAGCCUAAGCAUGAGGAGGGUUUGGU